AUGCGUGACUUACAACCGGUUCGUUUUCCACCUCAGUUUCGCGGGUUCGUGAGCCUUUUUAACCAAGAGAAACACGCCAGAUGCUGGUCCUUUACGGUCGGCUAUCCAGCGACGGCACAUCACCCGAAUUUUGACAUGUUCAUGCCUCACCACGACGAGGUUGGCUACCUUCCUACACCCGACUCUGGAAGGCAGGCUGGGUGUGAUACCGAUGUCGAAGUCUCGAACGCCUUUGAAAGUCUGAUGGCUUUGGCCUCCACGAUCUCGGAUGCGCAGCUGCGAUCGAAGUCGGCAUCCGCAUCGAAAUCGUACUUGAACGACGUGGCGAUGGAUCGGCAGCUGAGCGAGUGGUACGAACGUCUACCAGCAGCGUUGAAGUGGAGCAGGGGAAACCUCAAACAUGCCGGUCCUAGCUUCCUCUUCCUUCAUCAGCAGUAUCAUUAUGUCGCCAUUACGCUGCAUCAGUCGUGCGCCACGACCGGCCGCAAUCAGACGGGCAGCGACGAGGACGUCGGCAACAGCACCAGAGCCGCGCUUGAAUUGUCGAGAAACAUAUGCUACGACCACUCCAUGCGCCUCAUCCAAGCCUUGGAGCUGAGCAGUGGUGUCUGCGCGAGCCCCGUGGUGAUCACAAGCACACUGCAUCACAUUCAGACGGCUGCAAGCGCCGUCGUCCAUCAUUUGCGCCUUUACAACGAUCAUACGGCAGCCACUAAACCCCUCCAAACUCUGUUGAGGCUGGCACAGCUGGAUGACGAGACGAAUAAUCUUGCUCGAAGCGUAGUCAAGUACAUUGAGGAUGCUUUGAACGACUCAUCACGAGCCUUCAGCCCAGAUUCCCAGAAGCCCUUCGGUCCAUUGCGCCUCUCGGAAGCCACCGGUCCAUUUGCACCCCAGGUGAUGUGGCGGGGACGAGAGCAGCUAACGUUCUGA